AAACUGACAAUGAUUGCUGAACCUCUGGAGAAAGGACUUGCAGAAGACAUUGAGAACGAGAUUGUACAGAUCACAUGGCCAAGGAAAAGACUGGGAGAAUUCUUUCAGACUAAAUAUGACUGGGAUUUGUUGGCAGCUCGUUCUAUAUGGGCUUUUGGACCAGACGCGACUGGUCCAAACAUCCUUGUGGAUGACACUUUACCAUCUGAGGUAGAGAAGAGCUUACUAGGUGCGGUGAAGGACAGUAUCGUACAAGGAUUCCAAUGGGCUACACGGGAGGGACCACUGUGUGAUGAACCCAUCAGAAAUGUAAAGUUCAAGAUCCUUGAUGCUGUGAUAGCCCAAGAACCAAUACACAGGGGAGGUGGCCAGAUUAUUCCAACAUCCAGAAGAGUGGCGUACUCUGCAUUCUUAAUGGCUACACCGAGGAUGAUGGAGCCGUACAAUUUUGUUGAGGUGAUGGCCCCUGCUGACUGUGUGUCAGCGGUUUAUACUGUGCUGGCUCGGCGAAGAGGACAUGUAACCCAAGAUGCACCUGUACCUGGUUCACCACUGUACACAAUAAAAGCCUUUAUUCCGGCCAUUGACUCGUUUGGUUUUGAGACUGACCUUCGGACACACACUCAAGGUCAGGCGUUCUGCCUGUCCGUGUUUCAUCACUGGCAGAUCGUACCUGGUGACCCCCUUGACAAGAGUAUCACUAUCCGACCCCUAGAGCCACAGCCAGCCACACAUCUGGCCAGGGAGUUCAUGAUCAAGUCACGUAGGAGGAAGGGCCUGAGUGAAGAUGUCAGCAUCAACAAGUUUUUCGACGACCCUAUGUUGUUGGAGUUGGCCAAGCAGGAUGUCAUGCUGAAUUAUCCAAUGUGAUCGCGUCAGCCAUGUGUAGACAGCUGUAAACACUUCAGAUCAUAUCUCACCAGAAAGUUGGACCAGAAACUGGACACCUUUUCUUGAUAUAAAAGUCGCCUCCCCAGAAAUAUCACCAAAUCCUUUUGAAUUCAAAGACAUACUUGUUGAAUGUUUCCAAACUAGGAAAUAUGAUAUAGUUUUUUAAGGUUAAGGCUUUUACUGAAGGAAAUCUUGGUAAAUGUACUAGUGUGGGAUUGGCUUGAUGAGCAGAGGUUUGUGAACCAGUGAAGGAUGCUGUCACUGAACAGCUGUACAGACAACAUGCAUAUCUGUGAGGCUGACUCUGUUACGUACUGUAUAGCUGAGGAUUUUAUUGAGUACGUUAAAAUGUCUCGAACUUAUACAAGAAUGGAUGUUAUAGACAUUUUAACAGACGCACCACACAGUUAAAUUAUUGCUGUGAUCAAUAAAUUGAUAAAAAAAAUAUCAACCAAUCGGAACUGAAACAGGCUAAGCAUAUCUGAAGAUGUAUACUUUUACUAUUCACUGAAGUUUGGAAAAUUUAAAGUGUCACUGAGAAGUUAGCGUUAACCAACAUUUAUACCUGUAAAACAGUAGAAAAGAAUGGUUGAGGUUAACAUCAGUUUCUCAUUAUCUGCCACAUAUAUAGUCCAUUGGUGUAUAGUGAUUAUAUCAUGUUUUCAUCAAAUAUCAUAAUGUAAAUAAACACGACUGAACACA